AGUAGUGUUCUAGCUCUUGAGAGACUCUAGUCAUAAUGAUAAUCCACGUAGUCAAAAUUGUGAGGCCAAAAUCCUAGGUUGAAAUUCCCCACUUAAACCGUGUCCAAUCUUUCUCCAUUUCAAUUUUCUCUCAUUUUUCACACUUUUCUUUUCAUUUCAAACUUUCAUACCCAACCUCGUAAUCACUCUAUUCUAUUCAAUUCAAUUCUCCACAAUCCCAAUUUCAAAAACCCUUCCAAUUCGUAACAAUUUCAUUCAUGUAUAUUCAUUCUCAUCACCCUUUCUUCUUCCUCUUCACAAUCCAUUCAUGAUUCUUCAACAAGCUUCUCCCACUUUUCACUUCUCUCUAUGUCCCUGCAACAACAACAAUGGCUUCCCUUCUAAUUUCCCCCUUUCCAAAACCAUGAAGAAACGCUUCAUUUCUAAUUAUUACUCAUAUCACAAAUUCCGAAGAAAAAAAUGGAUUCUUUACUCCUCUUCAAUUCACAAACAAGGUUCCACUACAAGGGCUGCUAAAAGUUUCGUACUUGAUAAUAGGAUUGAUAAUAGGAUUUCAAAUGAUGAACUUGAAGAAGGUAAAUUGCAGGAUUCACAAGUUCAAUUGGGUACAAAUUUCACUACUUUUCAGGAAGAUCCGAUUGUGGAUAAGCUUAGAACUCAACUGGGUGUGAUUCACCCGAUUCCGUCGCCGCCUAUUAACGGAAACAUUGCUGGUUUGUUUGUGUUUUUUUUCUUUGUUGGUGUUGUUUUUGAUAAACUGUGGAAUUUUAGGAAGAGGAGAAACAAAGUUAGUAGUAAUGAGGAUAGUUUUCGCGGUGUGUGGCCUCAAGUGCCAACUAGUUUUUCUUUGUUUUUGGAGAAGGAUUUGCAGAGAAAAGAGUCGGUUGAAUGGGUGAAUAUGGUGUUGGGGAAGUUGUGGAAGGUUUAUAGAGGUGGACUUGAGAAUUGGGUUAUUGGGUUGCUUCAACCUGUUAUUGAUGAUUUGGAGAAGCCUGAUUAUGUUGAAAGAGUUGAGAUUAAGCAGUUUUCAUUAGGGGAUGAACCUUUGUCUGUUAGGAAUGUUGAACGCAGGACUUCUCGCCGCGUCAAUGAUUUACAGUACCAGAUAGGCCUUAGGUAUACUGGAGGUGCCCGCAUGCUGUUAAGUCUUUCUCUUAAAUUUGGCAUUAUUCCAAUUGUUGUACCAGUUGGUGUUCGAGAUUUUGACAUUGAUGGUGAACUUUGGGUAAAAUUGCGACUAAUACCAACAGAACCUUGGGUCGGUGCAGCUUCAUGGGCUUUUGUUUCACUUCCAAAGAUCAAAUUUGAGCUGUCUCCAUUCCGUUUGUUCAAUUUAAUGGCAAUUCCAGUUCUGUCAAUGUUUUUGACCAAACUUCUUACAGUAGAUUUACCUAGACUAUUUGUACGGCCAAACAAAAUUGUUUUGGAUUUCCAAAAGGGAAAAGCUGUUGGUCCUGUCACUGUUGGUCCCGUCGCUGAUGGUGUUAAAGAUGGAGAAAUACAAGAAGGAAACAUGGAUUCUGUUGGUGAACUAUCCGUCACUCUUGUGGAUGCUAGAAAACUUCCUUAUCUUUUUGGCAAGACAGACCCGUAUGUUAUUCUUAGCCUUGGAGAUCAAACCAUUCGCAGCAAAAAGAACAGUCAAACUACUGUCAUUGGUCCCCCUGGAAUGCCAAUUUGGAAUCAGGAUUUCCAUAUGCUUGUUUCCAACCCUAAAAAGCAGAAGUUAAAUAUCCAAGUAAAGGACGCACUGGGAUUUGCAGAUUUGAGUAUCGGUACAGGAGAGGUUGAUUUGGGAUCUCUUCAAGACACAGUACCAACAGACAGAAUUGUGGUUUUACAAGGGGGUUGGAGUUUUAGAGGAAAGGGCUCAGCCGGGGAGAUAUUGCUUAGGCUAACAUAUAAAGCCUAUGUAGAGGAUGAGGAAGAUGACAAGACCGAGGAGGAUUCCAUUGAUAUUGAUGCUUCAGAUGACGAGUUGUCUGAUACAGAAGAAGCAAAUGUCACUGAUCAAAAGGGCAUAAGAGAUUCUAUGUAUCAAACAGAUAAAGAAUCAUUUAUGGAUGUUUUGGCUGCAAUAAUUGUCAGCGAAGAGUUUCAAGGGAUAGUAACAUCUGAAGCUGGGUUUACCAAAGGUUUGGAUAAUGGCUCAAAUACAGCGUCUAAAGUACCAAAAUCUUCUGUUGCCAAUGCGGAAUCAACUCCUAGUUCUGAUAAUUCUGAAGGUUCUGGAGGAUCAGCCUUAUUUUGGCUUGCUGUGAUUACUGGCAUGGCACUACUAAUUGCUGUCAAUAUCAGUGGUUCAAGUAUCUUCAAUCCUUAAGAUGGUGUUCUACAAUCUUCUUCAUCUUGGUUCAGCUAAAGUUGUGCAGUGGAUUUUAAUCAAAUCAACUUUCUUUUAGCUACUAGUAUAGUUUAGUAUAUUCAUGAGUACUGCUGUAGAGCAAAGCAUCUACGGACGGCGCGUGAUUCAUGGCUUGGUUUUGUGAGAGCUACAGAUUUUAAUUCUGCUUAAACAUAAAUUUAUUGUUCGUAUAUAUGCAAAUACAACGAUAUUGUUUUUACCAGUCAAUAAUAAAAUAGAAUAGCAGGUUUUUUUCCUUUAAAUUUGUCAGGGCUUCUUGUAACAUUUAGAGUGCGUGAGGAAUGAUAGAUUUUUUAUUUAUUAACAAUGAUUGCUGAUGGUGUUUGGGGAUAAAAGAAUACAAGGCAAUCAGAACGAUAGUAUCUAAUCUAACGUCCAUGCAUUUCUUAAAUACAGUUUAAAAAGACUGUUAAGAAACAUGUGGGAAAGAGACUCCACUAUAAUCAUUAGACAACAAAAAAAAUUAAA